CGCCCGCAAGGUUGCGCCGUCCGCCCGCCCGCCGCCGCGGGCGUCAUGAAAUAACCAAGCAUCGCUGCAUCCGUUUCAGCAAAAAGUAGUUCCCAGUGGGAUAAGAAUGGUAACAGGAGCUGUCGCUGCUCCAAGAUGAGGCUGCGGCUGCAUCUGCUGGUCCUGUGCUUGAUAAUCCUGUUUGUGGUCUACAACAUGGCGAGCUACCAGCAUAGACAGACUGCGCUGGACGUAAAAGCUCGCCCAUUUGAGACAAUCACGGAGUCUCACGUGGCUGGGGCUAAGGUCUCUAGCAGAGCUAGAGUCAAGAUGUCAGAAAGAGCUGAUGCUUCUAGGAUCGGUUUUCUGCCUCGUGGUAUAGUCGAGCCUUAUUCCGACAUGGAAUUGAAGCCAUUGUGGCUCACAAAAAGCGUGCAGUCACAGAGAUCUACCCAGAAUGAGCGGUGCUUGAUUGCCAUCCCUGCUGGCAUAAACCAGAAAAAAAGCGUGGAUGCUAUUAUGAAGAAGUUUCUUCCAGAGAACUUUACAGCUAUAUUGUUCCACUAUGAUGGAAAGGUCAAUGAGUGGAAUGAUUUGCCAUGGAGCAAAAGUGUGAUACACAUUGCUGCUUCUAAUCAGACAAAAUGGUGGUUUGCUAAAAGGUUCCUCCAUCCUUCUGUUGUCUCUAUGUACGCGUAUAUCUUCCUUUGGGAUGAAGAUCUGGAAGUAGAUAAUUUUAACCCAAGAAGGUACUUGAACAUAGUCAAAUCAGAAAAGCUGGUGAUAUCGCAACCAGGUCUUGACCCUAAAUUGUCUGAAAUUCAUCAUCCAAUAACUGUUCGUAAAAAAGCAGGAAGUUUCCACAGAGUUAGUCGGGCUAAUAAAGAAUGUUCGAGAGAAGGGCCGCCUUGUUCUGGCUGGGUCGAGGGAAUGGCACCGGUUUUCUCAAAAUCCGCUUGGCAAUGUGCGUGGCAUCUUAUCCAGAGCGAUCUUGUCCAUGGAUGGGGCAUUGAUUACAAAUUUGGGUAUUGUGCCCAGGGUGACCGAACAAAGAACAUUGGAGUAGUUGAUAGUGAAUUUGUAGUCCAUCGAGGAGUACAGACACUAGGAGGUUCUGCAAUGACAAAGAAUACUCGUGCCAAGAACUCCAAGGCACUCCGUCAGAAAACUGCCCAAGGGCAGCAACAAACGAGAGUGAGGGCAGCAGGCCUUGACAUGAGGACAAAGGUCAGGAGAAAAUCACGGGUGGAGCUUCGGGAUUUCCAGAAGCGCUGGGAGCGUGCCACGAGGGAAGACAGAACAUGGGUUGAUCCAUUCGCUCGCCGGAGAAAAAGGAGGAACAGACCAGCCGUAGAUUAGCACACUUUUCUGCUGACAUUUUCCCCAAAUUUCUGUGUUGCGGUCAAUUUUGGGGUGCCGAAUACUCGGCUGUGUAGUUUUGUACAUCUUGCAAACCCAAGGCAUGCUUGAAGGCGAUUUUUCCAUAUGACUGUUCGACAAGAUAGGGCGAUUUGAAUGGGAAGUGUCUGUUAAUGUGUCUCGCUGUUGUGCUCAGAUAGCUUAAACUAGUCAAGUAUGUUUGUUUGACUCAUCAUUUACUUGAGUGUUGAUUUGAGUCUAAUACAUCUUGACGAUAUCUUACUUGGCUCUC